GCUCGGUUGAUUGCAGCAUCUCUCAGAGUGUCGUUGGACAGUGCACAGAAUAAAACAAAGCUCCAAAACUCCAGACACUGACAGCCAUGAGUCGCAUUUACUGAAAACCUUCAAUUAUGAAUUUGAACGUUGAACCUUCUGAGACCAUGCAAACCGCCGAACCCCAGGGAGAGAUUAUACCUUUAGUAAAAGCAACAGCCAUUGAUACAUCACCAGCACAGAUUUCAGAAGACUGCACUCAGAGCUCCAAAUGCAUUGAGCUCCAGGCGGUGGGUGUGCCCCUUUUAGCAGAGUCAAAAUUGGAAGCACCUGAGCUGCCUGUGCAAGACUCCAGUCUGGGAUCUGAAUUGACAAAACCGGCUUCAAAGGAAGACUCUUAUCUCACUACGAAACCGACUGAACCCCAGGCUGUACCUUUGUUAGAGGCAUCAAUAGCAGAGGGCCCCUCUGAAGCUGUGCGUCGUAGGCGUUGGCGUAGGAGAUUCAGACCUCGCAGACGACCACCCCGUGCAACCAAGAGGAUCCUAGUUCUCCUUUGUGCAGUCACCAUCUUCUCUGCAAUUGUCGUUGGAAUAUAUUUUGUCGUGAAGUAUUUGGAGAGACCAAUUGAGAAUAAAAACUCCAUACCUACUGGAGGUAACGAACCCACAACUCUCUGCAAUGGAACCGACACAUAUGGCAGCAGUACACCCCCAAGCGCAGUCUCUUUCAGAAUUAACACUGAGAACUCUCUUCUGGAAAUACAUCACCAGUCCUGGCAGGCCUGGCUUCCUGUGUGUGAUGAGAGAUGGGACUCCUCGCUGGGUAAACUGAUGUGCAGAUACAUGGGACGUAUUAAGUACCUGAACUCCAGUGAAAUAAGUGUGAGUGAGAUUGGAGCCAACUACACACAAGGAUUUGUUGAAGUCUCUGAUGGAUACAACAGAGAUUUAGAGAAGAUGUGGAGCUAUAGGGCUAGCUGUGCAUCUGGAAAAGUAAUAAAACUGAAAUGCUCUGGCUGUGGAGAGAAGCAUGACUUUUCCAUGAUCAUCGGGGGACAGGAAGCUGAAAAGGGGAACUGGCCCUGGCAGGUCACACUGUACAAUAACUACCAACACAUGUGUGGAGGCUCCAUCAUUGACGGAUACUGGAUCAUAACUGCAGCACACUGUUUAUUCAGGUCACCCCAUCCCUACAGUUGGUUGGUGUAUGCUGGCGUUCUGGAUAGACAGACCAUCUUCUUCAGCAGUGUCACCAGCUACACAGUUGAGAAAAUCAUAUACCAUGAUGACUAUGAUGAUGACACGCAUGACUCCGACAUCGCCCUCAUGAAGCUAGAAAAGCCAGUGGAAUUUUCAGAUACAGUCAGAGCAGUUUGUCUGCCAGGAUACAAUCAACAGAUCACACCGGGCAAACAGUGUUGGAUAACUGGCUGGGGUCAUGCAAAACUGGAUGCCUAUCAGACAGAAAAUAUUUUAAAGGAAGCUUCUGUCCCAAUCAUUAGCACUGAGAUGUGUAACAGCAGCUGCAUGUACAAUGGUGCCAUAACUUCUAGAAUGUUCUGCGCAGGUUAUAAGGAGGGCAAAGUUGAUGCAUGCCAGGGAGACAGUGGUGGCCCUUUGGUUUGCGAGAACAUCCAAGCUUGGCAGUUGACCGGAGUAGUGAGUUGGGGCAUUGGCUGUGCUGAAGCCAAUCACCCAGGAGUUUACACAAAAGUGUCUGAGUUCCUGGAUUGGAUAUACAGCACUAUUGAGCGCUUCGAUACCUCUGCUUUUUAGAAAAGAUUCUCAAGUCUUCUAAACACCAUGAGGGAGGUAAUGCAUUGAAGAAGACAAGCCAGUGACUCCGAGAAAGCUGAAGGGCUCACACAGAUGCUGUUCCCUGACUUUAGAUCUGGAGAAACUGCAUGGAUUAUUUUCUCAUUAUGAGAAAAAGAAGAAACAAAAUAUGACCUUAACCUCACUGAGUGAGAUAAAUUGUGGAUGUGCUUUGUUUUUAAACUGUGUCCAGUAAUCUGGUUUUCCCAUAAUGGGAAAUUAGAAUUCACAACGCAGUCAGUUACAACCUCCAAGACUAACUCCAUUCUAAAAAAAACUGCUCUUCACACAAUUAAAACCCAUUAAAUUAACAAGGUUUGAUAUGUGUUACCUGCAUGAGUCUGAGCACUUUGACAUUCACCUCAUCAAAAAUCAAAAAUUAAAAGACAUUCUUUGCAAACUUCACAAAUUCACUGUCUGGGGGUCUUUCUCUGUUUGCAGUACAAAUCUUUGAGAAUGUUAUGGACAAGACAUAUGCAGCAUGGCCAUCCUUAACAACUACAUGCUAAUGUGAAACCACACCAGUUGGUAUUGUUGCCAAAUACUUUGGCUUUAAAAACCUCUGAAUUUUUUGUGAGCAUUUUACUUUGUUCACAUGUAUCAGAGCAAAGUUUUUGCUGCAGAAGUCUGGUGCCAAAGCACUGUGUUUUUAACCCCACUGUGGAUAGGAAAGGUGGAACAUGUUAAACAUAUGUCCAUUUGGAGUUUAGAAGAAUGAGGUCUUAUCUUAUUGGAACAUAUGAGAUCUUGAGGGAACUGAAUAAGGUCGAUAUCCAGAAUAUGUUUCCUUUUGUGAGGAAGACCGAAAUUCAAAAACAUAAUUUAAGAUUAAGAGGAGUUCCUUUGAACCCAGAGAUUAGGAGAAUUAUUUUUCUCUAAAGGGGACAUCUGGUAGUCAUCUUAUAGAACAAGAGGGAUAUAGGCCUCUUAUGCAUCCCUGAUUUUCAGACCUGCACUAUUAAUGACCAUGCCAUCAGAUGCAGAGAUUAAUGUUCCCUAUUUCCAAGCUUAUUUCUCUCUAUCUCUUGUUCCUCCUUUAAAAUGCUCAUUUUUAUUGUUCAUAUUUUUGAUUACCAGACCUAAUAACUCUUUACAAGAGCUCUCUGCUUUGGAAGGCAGUGGAAAUGGGGUCAGUGAAUGCUUUUAAGACAGAAGUGUGUCAAUUCUUAAUAGAAAGGUGAGAUGGGGAUAUGGAAUUCAAAAUAUAAUUAGCUGUGAUCUUAUUGAAUGUCAAGGCAGGCUCAAAGAGAUUGAUGGCCUACUACUGCUGCCUUUUCAAAUGUUCAUUUGCUCAAUGUCAAUUUAAUUCUGAUUGUGUUCCUGUAACAUUUUAAUAUAUUAAGGGUUUUCUAAUGGUUAAAUAUACAUGUAUAUUUAGAGUGGUGAUGAAUUGGAACUCGCUGUUUAUGAGGGGGUUAUAAUAAAGAUGAUCAUUGGUUUCUAAGGGAAGAUGGAUGUGUACCACAGAGACAUAAACAUGCAGUGCCACAGGAGAAUCUGACUGACUGGGGAACUCUUCAAAGAGCUCAACAAAUGGCAAUCUUCCAUUUUUCAAUGACUCUAUAAUUCCUUUAAAAUGUAAAUUGUUACAGGCAUAAUGAAAACAUUCAAAGAGAUAAACAUUAAAAAAUACAAAAUUUACUCAUGAAUUCCAGAAAAGGUGUUCAGAAUAUAUUAAUAUUUAAGGAUAGUAAGCAAAAAUAUUAAAAUGUAAUUUUUGCCAAAAAGCCUGUUGGAGGUGUGCCAGUCACUAAAUCAAUAGGCCUCCUGGCCAGUCAACGCAUGAACUUCCCAGGAAAUGGCACAAAUUCAUUAAAUCCGACUUCCCAAGCAUUGGCUUCUCUCUAAUCUUUGUUCCUCCCUCAAAAUGCUUCAUUAAACUGUUUUGCUCAAAUUUUCAAUUACCUUCCCUAAACUUCCUUAUUGGAAUUCCUUCUUGGAAGGCUGUAGAAUCAGGGGCAUUGACUCAGUCUAAAACAGAGGGGAAGAGAUUCUUGGUGGUAAAAGUUAUAGGGAAUAAAUGGGAAUGGGCGAUUUGAAGUUCAAGCCGCAUUUAUUUCCCUGAUUGAACUUUGUUUUGUAUAUUGCUUGCCUUUGGAAUACAAAUAAAUUGUUUUUCUGAUUAAA